AUGUCCUCCAAAGAGAGCAACACAAACGCCGCCGCAGAGGGCGCCGCGAAUGAAAGCCUGCUCUGCUGCUUGGGUGAGACUUCUGGUGCCCUGAAGGACACAGAGACAGUUUCUGAUAGCAACACCGCGGGUCCAGAAAUGUGUCUGACACCAAACAGCGAUGUUGCUGACACUGGAGACAGCAGUGUUUUCAGCCGUCCAGGUACUGACGAAAAUUCUGGCUAUGGUGACCAUGGUUACGAAGGUGACAGAGACAACGACAACGAUAAAGAUGACGACAAUGAUGAUGAUGACAAAUCCAGCCUUCCCAGCCUGGAGGACUCUGAGAACUUAAUUAAUGUGGAAAGCUCAUCCAGCCACCGAGAGCUUGAGGAAGGUGAGGAUGUGGAAGAGCAGGGUGUGGGAAGGCUGUUUCGACACCGGGAGUUGGAGGCCAGUGAGGUUGUAGAAGAGCAGGGAGUGCAAAGCCUGGGCCGUGUCUGUGAGUUGGAGGCUGGUGAGAUUGUGGAUGCUCACAGAGUGCGAAGCCUGUGCCGCCGCUAUGAUUUAGAGCCCGGCGAGGUUGUAGCAGAGCAUGGUGUGCGAAGCCUGUGCCGCCGCUAUGAUUUAGAGCCCGGCGAGGUUGUGGAAGAGCAUGGUGUGCGAAGCCUGUGCCUCCACUAUGAUUUAGAGCCUGGCGAGGUUGUGGAAGAGCAUGGUGUGCGAAGCCUGUGCCGCCACUAUAAUUUAGAGCCCGGCGAGGUUGUGGAAGAGCAUGGUGUGCGAAGCCUGUGCCGCCACUAUGAUUUAGAGCCCGGCGAGGCCAUGGAUGAACAGGAAGAAAGGUCUGAGAUGCAUGAAGGGCCAAAUGACAGCACUGGGAAAUGCCAAGUGACUGGCAUUGGAAAAGAUAGUUCCCUAGAUGAAUGGAUGGUCUUAGAGACAUCUCCUCUCCCAAGACCUCGAUGGAAUGUUCUUAAUGCCCUUCGAGAUAGGCAACUGGGUUCAAGUGCCCGCUUUGUGUAUGAGGCCUGUGGGGCAAGAGUAUUUGUGCAACGUUUCUCCCUACAGUAUACUUUAGAAGGUCAUGGUGGAUGUGUCAACACUGUGCAUUUUAGUCAAAGUGGUAACCUUCUGGCUAGUGGCAGUGAUGAUCUAAAAGUAAUCCUGUGGGACUGGCUUCAUCAACAACCAGUGUUCAAGUUCAACAGUGGCCACAAAAAUAAUAUCUUACAGGCUAAAUUCCUCCCUAAUUGUAGUGAUGACCUCUUGGCCAUGUGUGGCCGUGAUGGCCAGGUACGGGUUGCACAGCUAUCUGCUAUGUCAGUUACUCAUAAGACUAAACGUUUGGUGAAACAUAGAGGAGCAUCUCACAGAUUAGCUUUGGAUCCAGAUUACCCUUUUAGGUUCUUAACUUCAGGUGAAGAUGCAGUCGUUUUCAAUAUUGACCUCAGACAACGCAAGCCAGCUACAAAGGUGGUAGUAACCAAACAGGGUCGUAAGAAAGUGGGACUGUAUACCAUCAAUAUGCAUCCUGCCAACGUCUACCAGUUUGCUGUAGGUGGGCAAGAUCAGUUUGUGAGGAUUUAUGACCAAAGGAAAAUUAAUGAAAAUGUCAACAAUGGAGUUCUCAAAAAAUUCUGCCCUCAUCACCUUUUUACCUGUGAUUACCCGUUAUACAUCACCUCUCUGGUAUAUAACUUCGAUGGCACAGAGCUCCUGGCUAGCUACAAUGAUGAAGAUAUUUACAUCUUCAACUCUUCUGAUGGUGAUGGAGCGCAAUAUGCUAAGAGAUAUAAAGGACACAGAAAUAAUGCCACAGUGAAAGGUGUACAUUUCUAUGGCCCCAAAAGUGAAUUUGUGAUGAGUGGUAGUGAUUGUGGACACAUUUUCAUCUGGGAAAAAUCAUCCUGCCAGAUCGUUCAGUUCUUGGAGGCUGAUGAUGGAGGAACAGUAAACUGCAUUGAUCCCCAUCCUUACCUACCUUUGCUGGCAUCAAGUGGUCUAGAUCAUGGGGUCAAGAUCUGGGCACCCACUGCUGAAACUUCCACGAAGCUUACUGGGUUAAAGAAGGUGAUCAAAAGUAAUAAGAUGAAACGAGAUAAUUUUAGCUUGGCCCACACUUCUAUGUUUGACAACCACAGGCUUUGGUUCCUCAUGAGUCAUACAACACAGGCAAAUUACCAACGCAAUUGGAGAGGUAUUAGAGUUGAAGUUGGAGGAGAUAUCAGUGAUUCUUCCAGUAGCUUUGAAGAGUAA